AUGGAACCAACACUCCCGGCUGAUACCAUUACUGCUCCAGUGCCUGAAAUUGACCUGAUCGUCGAGGAUCAAUACCACGAUCUUGUACUAUCUGACACCCGCUACUUCAUCGCUCAUAUCGGCUUCAAUCCAAAUCAAACACUGCUCUUCAGGGAUUUCAUCGGAAGGACAAUAUCCCAAGCGUUCUUUGGGGAUGAGCUGCAACUCCAGUGGUUCAAGGCUGGCCAGAUCAGAAAUAUGGAUUACAUUACAUUCAGAAACGUCCAGAGAACAGAACCUCUCGUGGGGACUAUUCAAGUGAUUGUGGUGGACUUCUUGGAACCUGUUCCCGGCCAGAAUCUGAAGGCGGUUUGGAAGCUUGUCCCGGGAAUCACACUUCAAAGUGUACGAGAGUUGGCCAUAGAGAAAGCGUUCAUGGAUCAUAUCAGAGAAAGGGUAGCCGAGUUGUACUAUCAGAACACGAAUUAUGCGUACACAUCCUAUGACCAACAAGCCGGUGAAGUAGCAUAA